AAGAAAACACAACAGAAUUACACUGAAAAUGGUGAUUCAUCAUCUGGUAAACAGUAAACAGUGUCUUCAGAUGUCUGUUUUAUUGGGAUCACGCUAUCUUUAGAAAGUGAAAGUAAAGAGGAGGAGAAGCAAGAGGACGCUUGAUGGAUUCUGUUUUUUUUUUUACUAUUAUUGUGUUGUAAUUAAUGUAAACCACCAGAUUACUGUGAUUUAACAGACGAGUCUUUGUCUCCGGAAUGUUGUCGAUUAUUAUCAUCGCUUUACUGGUCCAUCUCCUCAUAGAGGCUUCUGUGUCGUUCACUGUUGUGGUUCCUCGUGAUCAGAUAGUGGCUCAUGUCGGGUCCACAGUCACUCUGCCCUGCUGGAUCACUCCUCCUGAGAACGCUGAAGCUCUGGAGAUCCGCUGGUACCGUCAUGACCAGUUCAGCAACCCUGUUCUCUUCUAUCAGCAUGGGAAGAUCCAGGACCUCCAGGAAGAAUCGUACAGGAACCGAACCUCACUGACUCUGCGCUCAGAUCAGUCUGGAGGACUGAAGGAUGGAGACGUCUCUCUACAGCUGGAGAAACUCACGGUUCAGGAUGAAGGUUCAUUUCACUGCUAUGUGAGUGGAGAUACAGCAUAUGACAGCAGUAAAGUGGUUCUCAAAAUCACUGAGUUGAGUUCUUCCUCAGAUCCACUAGUUUCAUCAGAUCCAUGGAAGACUGCUUUCUUCACUCUUCUCAUUUUUGCUCUUCUGGGUUUGGUUGGUCUGAUCCUGUACAAAUACAGACACAAACUAACAGGUAAAAUCUGGAAGAAAGAUUUCAAAACAUUUAGUCUUCAGUGUUUAUAUCCAGUGUCAUCUAUGAUAUUAUUGAUCUGUUUUUCAGGGAAGAAACCAGCAAAUCAAAAUUAUGAGCUUGGAGCUAUGAAGAACAGAAAAGUUGUGGAAGACAUAAAUAUAGAAGAACUGAGGAAACAUGCAGUUCAGAUCACUAUUGACCAUGAGUGUUCACAUCCAGAUGUGAUGAUCAUUAAGAACUAUAAAUCAGUGAGAGAAGCUCCAAGAUAUAAACCCACUGGAGAAGGAUUUCCAUAUGAAUUAUGUGCAUUUGGAGCUCAAAGAUUUACAUCUGGUCGUCACUAUUGGGAGGUUUCAUUGGCACGAGAAAAUACAGAUCCUAAAAACUACUGGUUAAUUGGUGUGGCGAAAGAUGGACAUUUUACUGAUAAAGACAGAUCUGCUUUAACUCCAUCAAACGGUUACUGGUUUCUGUGUUCAGACGGUCCUAAAGGCUUUUACAUCAACACUGAUCCUCCAGUUAAACUCUCACUGACGCCGAGACCUGAACAACUGGGAGUUCUGUUAGAUUAUGAUGACGGUCAGCUGUCAUUUUACAAUGUCAAAGAGAAGAAACAUCUCCUGACCAUGAGCACCAGAUUCACUGGAUCAGUCGCUCCUCUGUUUAAUCCAGGUGUAGGAGAUCAGAGUUCGCUUACAAUUCUAGAUUGUCCAAAACCUGUAGAAUCACCUGUAGAGUCCAAUCAACCUUUACUGGGUAACAGCUCAGACGCUUGACUGACCAAUCCAGUGUGUUCAAACAGAAUGAAGCACAGAUACUUACACUGAUGUCUUUCCCUCUGAUGCCAAAGAGUCCUGAUUGCAAACUCUUCUUUCCCACAUUCAUCUAGUGUCUGAGAACAGAGAUGAAGAGAGUUUUUACAGUCCUCACAUAUUUAAGAGUUCUUCAUCCUCUCUGUCACUAAAACAACCAGAAAAAUAUAAUCCUAAAAUCGUGUUUAUCAUUGGACUGAAUGGUGCUCUCUACGCCAUUGAUGAUAGACACAAUCAGACUGAUGUUACAGUUUUUCUCAGUCGCUUUGGUACAUUUCUCUUAAUAUUUGCAAACCAGUAAGUUCAUUUCUCAAAACAAUUCAUACAAACAGCACCAGACAAUGAAUUACCAUCAAAAGCCUGUAACUUGCUCAAAAUCUUUAGUUCAUCUCUCAAAAGUAAGUAUUUACAUCAAUGAACAUAUCAAUGCCAUCAGAAUGACAAGUCUUUGUGUCAGUGUUCACAAACAAGAUGUUUAGUCGAUAUAACAGUACUCUGACAGUAUUUUCAGAUAUAAACUAUAAUGAUUUUGAUGACAAUGACUGAAAAUACACAACACUUCUUUUUAUCUGAAUAUACAUUUCAACAGUACAAACUGACACAUUAAAGUAUGUGAGAUAUUGAUUGCAAGAGACUGGACAGGAUUCAGACUCCAGCUUUUACUGUUGGUCUGUGAACAAAUUACAGUACAAUGCCAUUGUGACAUAUAAAAAAAAGACAAGACUGUAUAUACAUACACUGUAUUUAUAUGUGUGUUUGUGUGAUAUAAUCUGUAUAAAGUGCAUUUACUAGGCUAUAUACUGCAAAAUGCACGUGUAAUAUGUUGCUGUAAGUAUAGAAGUAAAAAAAAUAAAACUGUCAAAAAAAAUAAUAAAGGUUUACUGUAAGUGUACCUCUUCCUGUUUUGCCUCCCUUCCCCUCCACCACACAUCAUUACUCCUCUUCUUCUUCUUCCAGCUGUUGACUGUUUGUUUCCUUAAUCUUUCAGAAAUUGUAACUCUGUGUUGUGUUCUGUCUAUAUGCUGAGAAGCACGGUAAUGCAAUGUUAUUUGCUAACGCCACAACAGGAAAAAGAAGAGAAGAAGAAGGGUGCAUACAUG